AUACUUUUCUCUUCCCUGUAGCCAUGGGGCUCAAUCCUGAGGAACUGGAACUUCCUGGCAGUCACGCACCCAGGCUACAUGGCCUUCCUGACGUAUGAUGAAGUGAAGGCCCGUCUGCAGAAGUACAUCAACAAACCUGGCAGCUACAUCUUCAGACUGAGUUGUACGCGGUUAGGCCAGUGGGCCAUUGGCUACGUCACCAGCGACGGCAACAUACUGCAGACCAUCCCACAUAACAAGCCACUGUUUCAGGCGCUCAUCGAUGGAUGCAGAGAAGGCUUUUAUUUGUUUCCAGAUGGGCGCAGUUAUAACCCAGAUCUCACCGGCUUGUGUGAACCCACCCCACACGACCACAUUAAGGUCACACAGGAACAGUAUGAGUUGUACUGUGAAAUGGGCUCUACGUUUCAGCUGUGUAAGAUCUGCGCCGAAAACGAUAAAGAUGUAAAGAUUGAGCCAUGUGGCCACCUCAUGUGCACUUCCUGUUUGACAUCAUGGCAGGAUUCCGACGGUCAGGGUUGCCCGUUCUGUCGCUGCGAGAUCAAAGGGACUGAGCCCAUCAUUGUGGAUCCGUUUGACCCACGCAAUGAAGGAGCCAAGUGCUUCUUCCUGGACCACUUCAACUCCCCUAUGCUGGACAUGGAUGACGAUGAUGACAGAGAGGAAUCAUUGGUCAUAGACCACAUCAGGAAGUCGAUGGACAUCCAGAACUCGCCGAUAAUGUCUCCGAACUCAUCCCCUGUGUGUGAACGCCGGAAAACCGCUGCAGAUCACAUGGGCCCGCACUUGAACAUUCCACCCGUACCACCCCGCCUUGAUCUCAUCCGUUCUCCCGCUCCCAGCCCCACAGGCUCACCCAAGUCAUCUCCAGGUAUGUCCAGAAAACAGGACAAGCCCCUUCCAGCCCCUCCACCCCCACAGAGAGACCCCCCUCCUCCUCCUCCACCAGAACGCCCACCUCACAUCCCUCAAGAGGGUCGGGCCGCCUGGCUCAUCACUCCUUCGUCUGGCCUUCCCAGGGACCCUAGAGCGCCCCUGGAGGCCUGGAGUCCUAAAGACAGCACUGCUCUGUCAGACUGCAAGACUUCUGCUGCAGACCGCUCCCCCAAACUCGCCCACGCCGCCCCUGCGCACAUCAACGGGAGACCCCUCAGCUGCUCCGGUGCCGACUUGGGGUUGAACCGGACCGGCCACAGACUGAAUGCGCAGUCAGAGUGUAGUAAGUCUUUCAUCAACGGUCUGUUACCUGGUGAUGAGUAUGAUGUCCCUCCUCUGCGUCACUCCCCUCCCUCUUUGGACCACAACCAGAGACACACCAAGCCCUUCACAAGCCACCGGAGUCUGACGGAGAGAGUGGAGGACGAGUAUCAGAUUCCAUCCUCGCAUCCCGUCUGUAUCACACAGCCACCCGUCUGCAUCCCCUUCCGCAUCCCCAACAGGACUUUAGAAAACGGCUUGUCGGAUCUCUCCACAGAAUUAAAGAAACAUAAACCUCCAGAGCAUGGUGGGUUUGACUCUGGUUCAUUGAUUUCGGGUGUGGCUCACACCACACAGUGCCCCCUCCACAACAGGACGCCCUCAGACUACGACAUUCUACUGCCCCCUCAAGCGUCUCCAAUGGAAGACCCGUUCAACUCUCUUCCUCCGUCCCAGCCUCCUCCUCCUCCCCCCAUCAGAAACAGUUUCACAGAACCCUCGUCCUCCUCACCCUACCCCAGACCUGCCCGCCCCUCGUCUGGACACGACCACUUUCUGCUCAGCCCAGACACGUUCAUAGACACAUUGAUUAACUCGGCUCCUAAUCCCCCCGUGCGGAGACUAACCGGAGACAACAUGAAGAAGCCGUUCAGGGCUCCUCAAGACUACGAUCAACUGCCGCCCACCUCAGUGGCCGUAGAUUGCUUCAGGGCACCUGAGAGACCUCCUAAACCACUUCCCAGGAUCUUCCCGCCAGACAUCCACAGAAGACCGCACGAAUCGUCCCGGGAGAAUGUAGACGCCAAGAUCGCCAAGCUGAUGGGCGAGGGCUACUCAUUCGAAGAUGUGAAACGAGCGCUGAUGAUCGCGCAGAACAAAGUGGACGUGGCACGGAACAUUUUGCGGGAGUUUGCGCUAGUCGCCCCCAGGCAGGGCCCGUAACCCACGCUGAUAAAAUUUCAAACUACGACUGACUUUUGAGUGUACAAACCGCAGGCUGUCUUCCGCUUGCUUUCGUUUAGCGCACCCGGCAAACAAGACGAAAAUGUGCUUUUUUCGCCAAAAGGAUUGUUGCGUUUGUAACGACAGGAUCCUAUGAAAAAAAAAGCCUUGUGUUUACAGUGACGUGGCUUAUCUGCAGUACUCAGGUCAUCGUCAUUACAGCUCGGGAUGUUCAAGAGUGGAAUUGAAAUCGAAUUUUUCAUAUUUGG